GUGCACCGAAUCCUCGGCAGUAAGCAAGAUGGCGUCGUUGUGGACGGUGGUCUCGUUCGCGUUUUCCUUGAUGAUGACACCUUUCCUCAUGCUACUGCUGGUGAUUAUAUUCCUCGCAUCAAUCGGCAAGUCCCUCGGCGUACGCAGGUUGUACAUCAAGCUGCUGCUGGCCCUGUUCGAGUAUGGUAGACAAAACAUUGAAAAUGUAAAAAAGAGAAACGGUUCUCGAGAUCCGGAUAAGGAUUCUGGCGUAGAAGAGGAAUGCGAGUCUCCGGCAAUCAUGGAGAAGAAUUUAACGGUAACAUCGCCAAAGACGCAAAACGGAUGUGUGGGUAAUUCGGUGAUAGCCAGAUCGAAGGACUUAAUUUUAGUCCCCGAGCCAGAAGCGCAAAAUCAUAAGAAUCAUAUUGACGAAUCGAAAGAACUCAAGAACAGUCACGAAACUUCAACAAUUGACGACAAAGAGGAUGGCCUCAACGAGAAGAAUUCUUUUGAGACGCUCAAAACCGGAUUCGCGACAGUUUGCUUAGAUUACAUCAAAUCGGGCGUCGAAGCUAUUAUAGAGGACGAAGUGACGUCACGCUUCGAAGCGGAGGAACUUAAGAAUUGGAAUCUGUUAACACGGACAAAUAGAUACUACGAAUUUAUUUCCUGGAAGUUAACUUUUAUAUGGAUGUUCGGAUUCGUCAUGCGCUAUUGCUUCCUUCUACCGUUAAGGAUAUUUAUUUGCUUCGUAGGAGUAAUGUAUCUCGUAGUCGUAACAUCCUUAAUUGGCUUUCUGCCGAACGGCCGCGUAAAACGUUGGGCGAACAACCAGGGCACCCUUAUUUCGUUCAGGAUAAUGUCCCGUUCUAUCUCGAGCGUAAUCACGGUCCACAAUCCAGAGUACAAACCAGGGAACGGAGGGAUUUGCGUGUCAAAUCAUACGACUACUCUCGACGUCUGCAUUUUGUCCACACAGACGACUUUCUCUUUGAUAGGUCAAAGGCACGGUGGCUUCUUGGGAAUAUUACAACGAGCUCUUGCUCGCGCUUCCCCACACAUAUGGUUCGAACGCUCCGAGGUCAAAGAUAGAGAAGCGGUUGCGAGAAGAUUAAAAGAACACGUAUCAGAUCCUACGAAACCACCAAUACUCAUAUUUCCGGAGGGCACGUGCAUCAAUAAUACGUCGGUUAUGCAAUUCAAGAAAGGCAGCUUCGAAGUGGAUACUGUUAUUUACCCAGUGGCCAUAAAAUACGAUCCGAGGUUCGGUGAUGCAUUUUGGAACAGCAGUCGAUAUUCAAUGAUACAAUAUUUAUACAUGAUGAUGUCGAGCUGGGCGAUAGUCUGUGAUGUGUGGUAUCUUCCUCCGAUGUACAAGAAGGAAGGUGAGAGUGCCAUCGAUUUUGCGAAUCGAGUAAAAUCUGUGAUAGCGCGGCGAGGCGGCCUUGUCGACCUGCAGUGGGACGGUCAACUGAAGAGGAUGAAGCCGAAGAAGGAGUGGAGGGAAAAGCAGCAAGAAGAAUUUAGUAAACGAUUGAAAGUCGAAUAAACAAAUUCAUCGUUUCUAGUCAUAAUCAUUUUACAAUACACACAUCGCGUGAUAUUGUUUGUCUAAACAAGGUCACUUCAUCCAAUUGGCUCCGUUGGUACAGACUAAUCUGUCAUGCAUUAUCAUAUCAGAAAAAUCUACGUCCCAUCAGAGUUUCCCUCAUUGUUUUACAUGUAGGUAUUUUCGCAAGUGUGACGGUUUGCACUUUUCUGGGAUAUUCCCAGAGAUAAAUAUAACUGGCAAUUAUAAGAUAAUAAUUCUGACGCCUGACGCCUAGUAAUGCAAUGUUAUAUAUCUACACAGUUAUAUAAAGAAAUUAAUAUAUGUAUAGAUAAACGUAAUUUAACGUUUUUAAUGUAACUUGCAAAAACUUGUAUUCCGCGCGGUUGAUUUCUGCCCUUGAGAUAUCCAAAAUUUCAUUUGAAAAAGUGCAAACGUGAUAUUUGCUUAAUUUUUAAGAGUAAAGUUCAAUAAUUAUAUAUACGAAGGCAUUACGAGUUUAUUAUUUAUAUGCAAAAUAUGUAAUGUGUUAAAGCGUGUGAUACUUUUUGCAUGUAUGAGUGUAUGUAGCGUUAAUGUAACCUUCCCGACUAUUCUAUCAUACUGUGGAAUUACCGGGGCGAUUGGACGGUCGAACGAUUCAGCCAGUGCAUUAAUUUUCUCUUACCCGUUACGCUAGUAAGGGAAAAUCUUAAUUUUCUUUUCGCUGCAGUUAAAGCAAACAAUAAAUAUUUAUUCAUUUUUCUCUCAUGAAAAUUAAUUAAGCGCUAUAGCUAUUCAGCACUCCAGAUUAUACCUGUACUCGCUUAGGAACACCGAAUUACGUUAUUUUUCUAUUAAGAUCGAAUGGCACUUCGAUAUAUUUUCUACUUUUAUAUUUCAUAUAUCUAUAGAAUAAACGCGAAGCUUCGCGUUCUAUUACGAUGCAUGUCAAUAUAACACAUUGAACGAAUAAUACGCAGUUAUGAAUUUAAUGUUAACGGAAAGAAAAACAUUAAUCUGUAUAGUGACAUAUCUGUGAAUCUGACGUUAGACUAUGUUAAAAAAAAUGCAAAAAGGGAAGAUCAGAUGUAUAGAUAUCAAGAGAUGUAUUUUCUCACACUUCCAACCAAAGUUAAAACAGCAGGUUUAAAAUAAGUGGUAUUUUACUAUCAAUGGUAUUAGUAAUUUUAGAGUAUUAUCUAUAUUAUUAACUUAAUGAAGAUGAGACACAUGUACAUCUAUCUAUGUUACAUAAUGUUUGUUGCACAUUCCACAAUUCGGCCUAAUUGCUGUUAAUUAAAAAACAAAACAUGUAUUUUGUAGCUUGUACCGACAUUAUAAAGAAUCGAUAAAUUUGAACUACUUUAAAUAAUAAAGCUCAAAAGUAACUUCUACCUUUUUUUUCUAGAGCGCGUACGGACUUACAAUUAAAAAGAGAUAAUUUAAUAAGCUGUAGUUUAUCAUCGCCCUGUUAAUUAUAUAUUUUAAGCUUAUUUACUGAGAACAAUUGUGAAAAUAAAAAGAAAGAUAACAUCGAUUAACUGCAUUAUAGAAAAUAUUAAUUAGGUAACGCCACACUUACCUGAAAAUAAAUCAAUAAAUUGAAUUAGUUUCGGUCUUUACCGUAACUUAUAUGUUAAUUAUAAAAUAUAUGUAUAUAUAUGUAUAUGAAUAUAAAUGCAUUGUUCUCUGUAAAGAGAGUCGAGUUUUUAAUGUCGCUAUGGUAUUUUUGUAAUAUCAUUGUGAAAUUUCUUUUAUAAGAAACACAAUAUGAUAUAUUUAAUAUACUAAAAUAUAUUUUUUCAUAGCAAAUAAUUAGCGAAUAAUAUAAGAGAAAUGUAAUUAUUAUGUCGUUUAUAUUAAAAAAAAUAUUUCUAAAAC